UCGCCCUGCAGAGUUGCAAAUCGCAGCGGUGGCAAGCAGCAUACGGCGUGCUCAAACAAACAUAUAAAUUACUUUGACAUUCUACACAGCAACCAAACAUCAUCUGAUUGCCUCGGAGCUCAAGCAACUUUUCGUCCAAUCGUAUAUAAUCUCAUAAUCAGUCUACUGUCUGUUAGGUAGACUACAAAAACAAGGGAAAAUUUUAAAACACGUCGAUCAAAUAAGAACUAGUUGUUUGACCGCGCAGCGCGAUAUGUUGAAGAACAACGUGUUGAUCUUUGCCGAGAAUGUGGUGUUUCCCAAGGGGGAGAUUCGAGAAGGACCGUUUUAUGUGGUUGUUAAGCAGGGAAUGAUUACAAAGAUCUCGAAAGCUGAGUCAACGUUCAGUUCUGUAGCUCCGUGUGAUCGAUGCGACGCAGUCACCUGUCAUCUGCUCGCUCCUGGUUUCGUUGAUAUUCAUAACCAUGGUUUAGGUGGAGGCGAAGACGUACUGGAAUACUGGUCGAAUCCAGACUACACUUGUGCAAAAGCUGUUUCCACUGGUACGACAUCAUUGCUCGCUAGUGUUGUCUUCCCUGAAGGAAAAUACGAGGAAACGAUAUCGCUGUUGAAAGCCCUUGAAAAAAGAGUAGGAUUCAAAGGAAUUGGCGCUGUCCUGGAGGGUCAUGCUGAGGGACCACUAGUAUGUGACUUCGGUGGACUGCCCAGGAACUCUACAGAGCUGGAUGCAACUGGAUUUGCCAAUCUGUUGGAUGCUACUCCGACUGGAUUGAAAAUGAUGACCGUCAGUCCCCAUGUGUCGUCCAAAUCUAGUUACAAUGCAAUGAAAAUGCUUCAUGAGAGAGGCAUUGUUCCAUCACUUGGCCACGACUGUCAGGCGGAUGAACAGGAAAUAUUAGAUGCAUUAUCGGUCAGCAAAACUCAACCGUGUCAUAUAACACACCUCUAUAACGUCUCAAAGUUUCACCACAGAAAUCCAGGUUUGGUAAACUUCGGCUUGCUGGACAAUUACCCCUUGCUGCCGAAAUACGACGAUAUCGUUGCACCCACUGUGGAAUUAAUGAUUCACGUGCAUCCACUUGCUGUGAAGCUUGCACUCAGUAGUCGUAGUUGGGACCAAAUAGCGUUUGUUACAGACUGCAUUGCACACAGUUCCCAAGCACACAAGACGAUCACUUACAACGGACGAGAGAUACGAAUAGACAAGGACAAGAAUGUGGUGAAAAGCUGCGAUGACAACACCUUGGUUGGAAGCUGUUGCACAAUGUUGGAUAUUUUCAAAUCUCUUGUUGACGUAUUGAAUGUACCAGUUGGGAAAGCCUUUAUGAUGCUGUCAGAAAAUCCAGCCAGGUUCGCUAAAUUGAGCAACAUUGGGACAAUCGAGGUCGGAAAAGAUGCGAAUUUGAAUAUGUUUGAUCACAAUCACAACCUGAUGAAGACCUUCGUCCAUGGACGAAUGGCGUUCCGGACAUCACUAUGCAGAAAGAAGAGUGUUGUGUCAACUGAGAGUUUUGAUGAAUCUUUUGGUAAUAUUUAGAAUGGAAACUGAUGAUUUCAAACUGAAACAAACAAGUAUUUCACUGUAUCAAAUAUGUGCGUUGACAAAUCGUGUAAAUAAUUAAUUAAACAAAGUGUAUAUAAAAAUGGUCUAAACGUCUUUACUCAUUGGGUUUUGUAAUGCGAAUGCUUGGCUUGGCGAAUUAUACAUGCAUGGGAGGUGUACUUUAAUGCUAUUAUUUUACCUUUCAGUUUUGUUUAGCCCAAAUAAAAUGUUAGUUUAUUUUUC